AUGCCGGCACAAAACCCGCUGAAGAGUGUUGGCGUCUUCGGCUCGCAGCUCAUUUCAGCGCUUGUUGAGGCACAGCGAUGUCCCGCCGAUUCGCAUACCUUUUGGCCCUUGUUGGCCCGACCAAUCCCAAGAUCAGACUUCAGCUGCCCCUCGCAGACGUCCCUGUAUAUUUGCGCUAUGGGUGAUGGAGAAGAGCAGGACAAUAUUGACUUUGAUUCUCAAAAAGAGGAAGAUAUCGGGGAGUGGCAUUAUGGUGAUGGAUCUGUCCUUCGCAACCAGUGUUUCCAGCUUUACGAUAUAUGGUGUGCUACGUCCUCUACGCCGAGAGAUGGGACUUCCAACCUUUCCGUUGUGGAUGCUUUUCUGGAUAUGUUAAAAGACGUUAAAGAUGUCGCGCCCUAUUUCCAUAAACCCCCAGAAGGUGUCGACAUCAAAGGCGGAGGGAAAUAA